AAUGCAGUAAAAGAGUGGCGGAGUACCAUCAGCCUGUUAGUUUUGAUGAGGAAAAUGAGAGGCCUGAGAGAAAGAAGAGGAGGACGGAUAAUGCUGACAAGGUGUCCUCUCUACUUGUUUUUGACCAGAGGGGCAGCACAGGUCAAGGUCAGGCUCAGCAGGACCAGGCUGCUGUGCCAUUACAUGAGCAUCGCACUGAAGAUCACAAAGUUCAACAGAACGUUGACCAUGGUCUUCAGGAGCCUCUUUCUAGUGGACUUAAAGUCCCUCCUCCUGAAAAUCAGGAGAGCAUUUUGAGCCGGAAUGAAAACGGCAGAAUGCUUGGUCAAGGAGGAUUUGGCAGCGUCUAUGAAGGGAAACGCCUGGAGGAUGGCCUUGAGGUGGCAGUUAAAUUUGCCAGAAAGCCAAGGAACAUGGAAUACAUCAACAAUCCUGGACAUUCUGAACCCCUUCCAUUAGAGGUCGGCCUAUUAAUCUUAGUCAGUAAGGACCCCAAAGUUCCUCAAAUCAUUCAACUGUUAGACUGGCAGCUGCAGGACCAGCCUGAUCAGUACGUCAUGAUUCUGGAACGCCCCUCACUCUGCGAUCUAUUUGUUUUUGUCCUGCGCUGUGGAGGUACAAUCAAUGAGGACAUAGCACGGCUUGUCACGUGGCAGGCAACGCACGCGGCUCACAUGUGCAUUUGGUGUGGAGUGUUUCACCGAGACAUCAAGCUGAACAACCUGCUGAUCAAGCCAGAAACACUCGAGGUCAAACUGAUUGACUUCGGGAGAGAGAUCCCAGUGUGCCUCAUGUCAAAAAGUUUGAUUUAUUGCCCUCUCAUAAAGAUAAAACUAUAAGUUUUUACUGUCCAGUGAUCCUAAGGUAUUUAUGAAUGUUUUGGGAACCGUGUU